AUGUUUAUACGUCUGUUGAGGAAUCGCCAGUCUUUAUUGGUGAGCUUUAGGCGUUAUGUUACCACAACACCAGGCACAGACACUUACAAAGGUUAUUUGAAGUACCCCAUAGAUAAAGUGAAAAACCCAACCCCAAUUGUUUCUGAUGACGACUUGUACAAACGUAUAUCUUCAAUACCACUUGAAAACUAUAGGAAUUUUAUAAUUGUGGCACAUGUUGAUCACGGGAAAUCAACAUUAUCUGACCGAUUGCUUGAACUAACAGGUGUUGUAAACCCUACGAUUGACAAUAAACAGGUGUUAGAUAAGUUAGAAGUUGAAAGAGAGAGAGGUAUUACAGUGAAAGCACAGACCGUUUCAAUGAUAUACCAUUAUAAGGGUGAAGAUUAUAUGAUUCAUUUAGUUGAUUCACCUGGUCACGUUGAUUUUAGGUUGGAAGUUAUUAGAUCUUAUGCAUCAUGUCAAGGAGCGUUACUAUUAGUUGAUGCGUCGGAAGGUAUAAAGGCACAAACGGUUGCCAACUUUUAUAUCGCUUAUUCCAUGGACUUGAAGUUAUUACCAGUGAUAAAUAAAAUUGAUUUAGAUACUGCAGAUAUACAAAAAGCAGAAGAACAAAUAGAGGAAACUUUUGAACUUGAUAGAGAUGACAUUGUUCACGUUAGUGCCAAGACUGGUUUGAACGUAAAUUAUAUCUUGCCUAAAAUUAUUGAAAGUAUUCCACCCCCACCACCGGAGAAGUAUAACAGAGACGCGCCAUUGAGAUCACAAAUCGUCGAUUGCUGGUAUGAUCCUUAUGUCGGGGUUAUCAUGUUAGUAAAUGUUGUUGACGGUGAACUGAAAAAAGGCGACAAAAUAGAAUUUAUUUCAACGGGUGAAAAACACGAGGUUAAAGAAGUUGGUGUUAUGUAUCCAGAUAGAAGGGCUUUACCUAAAUUGGUAUCUGGACAAGUUGCAUAUGUGAUACCUGGGUUUAAGGAUGCUAAUAAAGUUUUUGUGGGUGACACUAUUAAAUUAGUGGGGACGGAUGUUGAAACUUUGGAAGGGUUUGAAGAGCCAAAACCAAUGGUAUUCGUGGGCGCCUUCCCUGCAGAAGGUACUGAAUUUAAGAAAAUGGAAGAAAGUUUACAGCACUUAUUCUUGAAUGAUAGGUCAGUUGUUUUUCAACGAACAACAUCGAAUGCCUUAGGGCAAGGUUGGAAAUUAGGAUUUUUAGGAUCCCUACACGCCUCUAUAUUUAAAGAACGGUUAGAAAAAGAGCAUGGUAAAAACUUAAUUAUAAUUGCACCAACUGUUCCUUACAAAGUUACUUUUAAAGGUGGACGUGAAGAAAUCAUUAACAAUCCAAGUGAUUUUCCUGAUGGUAAUAAGAAAAGUGGUGUAGUUGAUAUUGCCGAACCAAUAGUUGAGGCAUUGAUGACCUUUCCAGGUGAAUAUACAGGGCCAGUCAUGAAAUUAUGUGAAAUCAAUCGUGGAAUUCAAAAAGACUUGCAAUUUUUGUCGAAUGGUCAAACGUUAAUGAGGUGCAUUCUACCAACUGCACAAUUAAUUGAUGAUUUUGUAGGGAAACUGAAAGGUGCAACUCGGGGAUAUGCUUCACUAGAUUAUGAAGAUGGCGGCUAUAUGUCAAGUGAUGUUUGCAAAUUAGAACUUUUGGUUAACGGCGGUAAUGUUGAUGCUUUGGCUACAAUUGUUCAUAAAUCUCAGGUUAAUAAGAUGGGCAGAGAAAUGGCCGAAAGGUUAGUAAAAUUUUUGUCAGUUCAACAGUAUGAUGUUAUUGUUCAAGCAGCAGCAAAUGGCAAAAUUGUUGCCCGUGAGACUAUCAGAGCUCGACGCAAAGAUGUUCUAGCCAAACUGCAUGCUGCUGAUCAAUCCCGUAGAAAGAAACUAUUGGCCAAACAAAAGGCUGGUAAAAAGAAUUUACAAGCGGGUUCUCAAGGUAUUGCACACACGAGAGUUGCUGCAGAAGCUUGUCAAUCUUUCCUCAGAAGAGAUUGA